AUGAAGCCACGAUUAAACAACCGAGUGAAGGGAAAUUCUUACUAUGAAUAUUCCAUCAAGCAUGGGAAGUAUGACAUUGACGAAGCGGUGGCGUACAUACAGAGGAGCUCAUUCUUCAGAAGUUGCGGCGGGGCUGGGCGCGUGGGCAGGCACAGCGGCAGGGAUAGUAGUUCAGGUAGCAGUUCAGAUAGUAAUUUAGAUAGUAGUAUAGAUAGCAAUUUAUGUAGUAGUAUAGAUAGUAAUUUAUGUAGCAGUUUAGAUAGCAGUCUCGAUGAUAGCCCCAAGGACAACCACACGGGCAGACGGGAGCCCACCCUGCAAAGGAAACUCCUGCGCCUGAUGCGCGAGGAGAAAAAGUACAUGCGGAAUGGCACCCACAAGCAGAGAGGGCCGCCAAAUGUGAAGAAGAAAUCGAAGGACUAUGAGGAGGACCACCUCGAAGGAGGCGAAUCGGGGCUAAUGUACGUGCAUGAUAUGUGCGAAAAAAUUCUAAAUAGCGGAAAAGCAUUCAGCCAAAGCACAGACAGGUACAUAAUUAUGAACAGAAGAAACCAAAUCAAAAAGAUAAGCCUAAACGAAAUGAACGAACUGAUUACAGAAAUUAUCUACACAACUUUGACAAGGGACAAUUUGGAAAAUAGCCUGUUGGAUCUCCUAGGAGAAGAACACAUAGACUUCAUAUUUAACAUUAUCAAAAACAAGGAAAACAUAAAAAGGGAUAUCAAACUGUUAAGUAAAUAUGUAGAUGUAAAGGAAAAAGUUCUCGCAUCGAACUUUUUCAUAACUGAUAAAACGACAGACGGAAUUAACAGUAAAAAAAAUAUUUUCAUAAAAAAGGAAAACAUUGAAAAAAUUGUAGAUUUCUUUCUAUAUACAUUAAAAGAAAACAAUUUUGGUGAUGUGAAAAAGAUAUACAUACCAAAUGAAGAGAACCAGUUGGAAGAAAUUCAGGUGCCUAGAAAUACCUCUUACUCAUACACAGAUAAUGUUACCAAAGUGAGGAUUAACAGAUUGGAAAACUUUCAAUUCAGUAAGGACGAGUUAGUUUCUGUGAAGGUGCUACCAUUUUGGCACAAGUACAUUUUCGAAUUCGAACAUUUUAACUAUGUACAGUCUAAAGUUUUUAAGGCUGCCUUUCAGACGAAUAAGAAUUUACUCGUUUCCGCACCCACGGGAUGUGGAAAAACUAACAUCGCCUUGCUAGUCAUACUGCAGCAGAUUUGCCUCUUCUGCGAGCAGAACGGAAUCAGCCUGGAGAGAAUCGCCCAGAAUUACCUUCUUCGCAGCGGGGAGGGGGUAAACACCCGGGAGUUUCGCCAUGCAAACGUAAAUCAUGAGAAGCCCAACGGACAGGUGAUCGAUGAACCGCCGAAAGAGGAAUCCCCAAGUGAGGACCCUCCAAAUGAAGACUCCACCAAUGAGGACCAGCCAAAUGAGGACAUCCCAAUUGGGGACCUCCCAAACGGAGACCCCCUUCAUGAAGACCCCCCAAGCGAUGACAGCGCCAGUGACCAUGCCAACGACCACGCCAACGACCACGCCAACGACCACGCCAACGACCACGCCCCCUCCCGCGGUGGAAACUCCAUAAACGCAAAGGAAUUCAAAAUCAUCUACAUAGCCCCGAUGAAGUCCCUCGUCUUCGAAAUAACCAACCUGUUCCAGAGGAAGCUAAAAAUUUUUAACCUAAAGGUGUGCGAAUACACAAAGGAACACAGCCUGACCUCCAAACAGUUGGAAGGAGUGCACAUAAUAGUAACCGUCCCGGAAAAGCUAGACAUCCUUUUAAGAAAUAGCAGUUACUCCACCACGGUAUCUGACGAGUCAUUAAUUAAACACAUCAAAUGCCUGAUCCUUGAUGAAGUACAUUUGCUAAAUACAGACAGAGGUGAUGUGAUCGAAACGAUUGUUGCUCGAUUUUUACGAUACUCGGAAACGUCCCAGUCGGUGAGGAGAAUAAUGGCCAUGUCAGCCACGCUACCGAAUUACAACGACGUGAGAGAUUUUCUAAAAGUGGAAAAAGACAUGUGCUUCUACUUCAAUGAAAGUUACAGAUCCAUCCAGCUGGACAAAACGCUCUACGGAAUACAUGAAAAAAAUAUGAACAAGUUGAAUGUAGCAAAGAAUGUAUAUGCGUAUGGCGAAAUUAUAAAUGCGCUGAAGAAAGACAAGCAGUGCAUCAUCUUUGUGUGCUCAAGAAAUGACACCCAAAAGACUAUACAAUUUCUGAUAGACUAUGCUGUGAAAAAUGGUGAAAUCGAUUACUUCCUCACUAACCUUUACACAGAUAGCGAUAUAAAUAAGAGAAUUAAAAAAUCGAAUAACAUGUAUGUGAAACAGUUUUAUGAAUUUGGCUGCUCCAUACACCACGCGGGCAUGUCAAGGUCCGACAAAAUAUUGGUGGAAGAUUUAUUCAAAAAAAAGGCCUUCAAUGUGUUAUGCUGCACGUCGACCUUAGCAUGGGGAGUUAACCUACCCGUCCAUACCGUCAUCAUCAAAGGUACCAACUUCUUCUCCUCCGAAAGUGGAAAAAUGGAAGAUAUGGAUAUUCUUGAUAUUAACCAAAUAUUCGGAAGGUGCGGCAGACCGCAGUACGAAGAUCAUGGACAUGCCAUCCUCAUAACGGAAAGGACAAAACUGUACAAGUAUAUAAAACUGCUAACCAAUAAUACCAUCAUCGAAUCGAGCUUUUUAAAAAAUAUAGAAAAUCACCUAAACGCUGAAAUAAGCAUAGGGACAACCAAAAAUAUCGAGGAUGGAAUCAAGUGGCUGGAAUAUACCUACCUCUACGUCCGAAUGAAAAAGAACCCCAACCUGUACGAUGCAGAUCUAACCACAGACAUCCAUCUGUACAAUAAAAGGAAGGAUAUUAUCCUAAAGGCUAUACAAAACCUGAGUGAAAAUAAAUUAGUAAGGAGAGUAUUCCUCACCAACGACUUUAUCGGAACGUUCUAUGGACACAUAGCAGCCAAGUACUAUGUGGAUUAUCAAACCAUAGGAAUUUUCGCGGCAAACAUUGACAGAAGCAAUUACAUAGAAGUUAUUGACGUUAUUAGUAAGUCGAAAGAAUUUGAAAAUAUACAAAUUCGAAAUGAAGACAUGAAAGAUUUUAUGUUCUUAAAAAGUAGAUGUGAAAUAAACGAACAGUACGAUGAAUCCAAAUGUAUGACCUUACGCAUAUUGAUCGAAUCCUAUCUGAGAAGAAUACAAAUAAAUAACUUUUCCCUCAUUUGCGAAAUUAACUAUGUCAUACAGAAUAUUAUUCGCAUUUUAUAUGCCUACUAUGAAAUAUGCCUUAACGUCUUGAAGAAUAUUUCCAACUUGAUUAUGAAUACCCAUAAUCUUAUUGUAUCCAUUUUGAGGAGACUUCCCAUCAAUUGUUGCGUCUUCAGGCACUUCUGCUACAAGAAUGAGUUACUAGAAAAGAAGAACAUGACAUUUUCUAGCCAACCUGCAAAGGGGGCUAAACACAGAAACGAUCCAUCGGAAGAUAAUGCAGCUUCCCACCCGAAUCAUCUGCCCUACAGGGGGAAGUAUGUAAAUCCGUCAGAAAUGCUCGAAGAGGAGUAUGCUAAUAAUCAUGAUUCAUAUAACACGCCACAGGGCAGGUACCGGAAAAACCAAAACUACACCAUCUACUUAAAAGAAUCUGUGGUGAACAUUUUAGAAAAAAAAAAACUAACACACGAAUCUAUCGACACGUUAACCAAAAGCGAACUUCUUUUCUUUCUAAGGAACGAAGUCUACACCAACCAAAUUCUCUACUACAAGAAUGUAAUUCCAAACUUACACAUCGAUGGAUACAUUCAGCCCAUAACCCAAACCAUCAUGAAAAUAAAUCUGCAAGUACAACUCAUAAAUACCAUUUGGUCAGACCAGUGGAAUGACCUUCAAGAAAACUUUCAUCUCUUCCUUUUGAAUACACUCAAUAAUGACAUUUUAUAUUUCCAAAAAUUCUCUAUUCAUAAAAAAGACAGGAAAAAAAUCCAUGACAUUUCUUUCGAAUUUCCAAUCGCAAAUCAAAUGCCCCCGCAAAUCACGGUCCAGUUUUUAUCCAUGAAUUGGUGCAAUUUGUCCUACGUCCAUAUUUUCAACACAAACAACCUAUUCAUUAAUCAGAAGAUUAAUAUAUUUUCCGAAAUUCUGCCGAUCGUUCCACUGUCAACGCAAAUUUUGAAAAUCCCUAGCUACAUCAAGUUCUUUUCCUUCCGGUAUUUUAACCCUAUUCAGACGCAGAUGUUCCACGCCACGUUCCACACGGAUGAGAACAUCCUCCUAGGGGCCCCUACAGGAAGCGGCAAGACCGUCAUCGGAGAGCUGUGCAUCCUGAGGAACCUACUCCACCACGAACGGGAAAAAGCCGUGUACAUAUGCCCCAUGAAGGCCAUUGUAAAUGAGAGAUACAAAAGCUGGGCCAGCAAAUUUAAAAACCUCCUAAACAAAAACGUAAUUGAACUGACAGGAGAUAAAAACGAAAAUAAAGAAAAUAUCGUAGAUAGUGACAUAAUCAUAUGUACGCCAGAAAAAUUAGACGUUAUAUCCAGAAAUUGGAAAAAUAAAAAAUUCAUGAAAAACGUCAAUUUGAUCAUUUUUGAUGAGAUACAUUUACUCGGGCAGGAAAACAGAGGAGGUGUCAUUGAAAUUUUAAUUAAUCGGUUUAAAAAUAUGGAACAAUAUUUGAAUAAAAAAAUAAGACUCGUUGGAUUAACCACUGUCAUAACGAGUGUAGACGAUUUGAUCCUAUGGCUAGAUGUAAAAGAAGACUACCUUUUUAAUUUCCCGUCUUCUUGCCGCAUAGUACCUUGUAAAACGCACAUUCUAGGCUUCACCCAAAAGGCAUACUGCGCAAGAAUGUCAGUAAUGAACAAAAACGUCUUCGACGCUAUUAACCAAUAUGCACAGUCCAAAAAUGUACUCAUAUUUGUUUCGUCCAGGAGACAAACGAGGGUUACCGGAUAUGAUAUAAUUUCCCUCAACCUCAGUUCCCACAAUCUGAACUUUUUGCAUACAGAAAAUUUGCUAAACGAUAAGAGUCACAUCCAGUUUUUACUUAACAGUAGUAAAAGAAAGGAUGGAAAAAAGAAAAAAAAAAAAAAAAAAAAAAAAUUUCCAAAGGGUGAAGAAGAACCAAAUGAGCGCCAAUAUCCUCGUCGUAGCUUUGAAACGAAUCAUUUCGAAAGAAGCCAUGAUGAUGACCACCAUUUCGACAGUGACAGUGGUGACGACGAAUCAAACGAUCUGCUCGAUUACACCGCCCUAAUGAGCAAAAACUUAUCUGGAGAAGAAAAAACACAAGUAGCUAACAUGCUCUUCCAAAACUACCUGAACAUAAUCGAAAAUGAACACUUGAAAGAUUUGCUCAGGUACGGAAUAGGAAUUCAUCACGCUGGGUUAAACGAAAAUGAUAAAAAUAUUGUAGAAUAUUUUUUUUUAAAUAAAAUAAUUCAAAUACUUAUAUGUACAUCAACCUUAGCAUGGGGAAUUAACCUCCCAGCUUAUCUAGUUAUCAUAAAGGGAAAUGAAUUCUACGAUGCCAAGACGAAAAAGUACAAAGAUAUUUCCUACACAGAUUUACUACAAAUGAUUGGCAGAGCUGGCAGACCACAAUUUGACGACAAAGCUUUAGCCAUAUUGCUAGUCCAAGAAAAAAGAAAAAACGCAAUCAAAAAUUUUCUCUAUCAUCCUAUGAAUAUAGAAUCCAAUAUUAUAGAAAAUUUAAAUGAACACAUCAAUGCAGAAAUUUGCUCCAAAGUGAUAAGCAACAAGGAAGACCUUUUUAAUUACCUUACCAAAUCGUAUUACUUUAAAAGACUUUUUUCCAACCCUUCCUACUAUAUAAAAGAUGUGCAGUAUGUCCAGCUAUUUGAUAAUAAUAUACUGUCUAAUCAGGCCAAGAAGGUUAUAUAUGAGCAUGUGAAUAAAAUUAUCGACAGCACAAUCAGCUUUCUGCAGAACAACAAGUGCAUACAAGUAACGAUGGAGGAUUACAUGUACACUUAUUGCGCUACCCCCCUGGGGCAUAUUGCCUCCGUGUACUACCUAAAAUGUGAGACGGUGUCUUUUUUUUACAAAAUGGUUGAGCAGAGUUGUGAGAGACAUAAUUAUGUGGAAGAUGAGAACGAUGAGGGAGAAGACCACAGUGGAGAUCUCCAAAAUGGCAACGGUGUGGUCGAUCAGGGGGAGGUAGCCAUGGACUUGGGGGAAGCGAUAAUCGGCCCAACGAACGAAGAUCACUGCGUAGAAGACAAAGCAACCACCCCCGAAGAACGCCACGAAUUGCACCGCACGCAGACAAAGGAACUCGACUUCUACGGACUGUUCGCCCUGAUCGCGCAGGCGAGGGAAUUUGAUGACGUCCCCCUCAGGCACAACGAAGACCAAUACAACGUAAAACUGAGAAACCAAAUUCCCCUAGAUAUCAACAUGAAUAUGAGAAAUAUCAAAACAUACCUCCUGCUCCUGUCCCGUUUGUACGAAUGCACCUACGAAACGGUAGACUAUCACAUCGACUUGAAAUUAGUCAUGGAUCAAAUAGCAAGAGUUAUUAAUGGCUUCAUUGACAUAUGCUUACUCUUUGGUAAAUAUAAUUAUAUAAAAAAUUUGAUCCUCAUAUAUCAGUGUAUUAACCAGAAAAUUCAGCCCAGCCAAAAUUCCCUUAACCAGAUUAAGGACAUAAAUGAUAGUCAGCUAGCCAAAUUGGAAGAAUUGCAAAUAAAAAAUUUAAAGGACCUACUAAAAUUUGAUAAAUCCUUUUUAUAUUCACUUAACAUUUUCCACACCUCUCAGUUGGAUUUUAUUUUUCAAAUUCCCUCCCUAACUAGCAGCGUCAAAUUAUUUUACAAAAGUGUUAACCCUGCUAACGAUGUGGCGGAAAAGAAAUAUAACUUUGUCAGCAUUCCGUGUGUAAAUCAUCUAAAAAAUGAAAAUAAAUUUUUUUUUAAAAUGAAGCAUCAUGAUCCGAAUGAAAUUAUCAUUAAAGUUUUUUUUUGUUUCUUUAAUAAAGUAUCGCGGGAUUCCAAUUCGAGUGCCCCCCCUAGUGCGAAUGUGCAGUGGUACGCCAUCCUGCACGAUUGUGCUCAAGACGAAUCGGUUUCCAUCAAGCGCUUCAACAAUGCGCCCCUAAAGAAAACAUCCUCCGUCUCGUUCACUUUGGAAGACCUAGUCCGGGGGACCUACGACUUUUCCGUGUACGCACAUAGCGACACCUACUACGGAAUAGACCACGAGGUUAGAGAGGAAAGCGCUUUUACAAAA